CAAAUGAACCUGUAACUGAUCCUAAAAUUGAAGGGAUCCUUUUUGGAAAAGCCCUAAUAAACUGACCCGAACCCUUCAAGUAAAGAAGCCAUAAAACCAUUCCUUGUUCUUCCAUCCUAGUUUGCAAAAGCCAUUUCUAAAACCUAUAGAGAGAAAUCAGAGUUUCAAACAAUUUGCUUCAACCUUCAAGAUUGAUUUUAAACUAAAAAUCUGGUUUUGAACCAGAUCCAAACCGGUUUGAAACUAAUUAUAAUACCGAACCGGUUAUCGCACAAAACGGCCUUGUUUUAUAAACCUGAACCAGGAAGCGGUUUAGUUCUUAUGGUUCAGUGAACCAUACACAACCAUUUAGUUCCUCUGCCUUACUGUAUCGCCGUCGCAAUCCGUCUCCAUCAUCCACCGCUGCGACGCUGAUUUGUGCCACCGUGGGCAACAGAGGUCAAUACUGAGCUUUCUCAAAAGUAUUUCUUUAUCAAAAAUCCAAAUAUUAUUCAACCUCCUUCAUAUUACUGGAAACUGCUGUGUCAAAGUUUUUUUACCCGAUGUUAUUCAACUUGGAAAAAUCUGCAGCCAAAACAAUUAGAAAGUUGCUCAAGCCUUUUGAAGUAUCAAUCCUGCCCUAUAGCUACAAGAUCCCCGGUCUUCCUUUCUCACAAAUUCAGAGGUAUAGUUAUGUGAAUGUGUAUAUGAAAUGGAAAAAGGAUUCAUACUACGAAUCAAUUGAGCACAUUCACCACUCAAUUCAGCUCAAGCCCGUAAUUGCCUUGAAAAACUGCAUUACCCAGGAUCCUAAUGGGUGCAUCCCUAUCUCUGCCGUAUCUAAGAGGGGAUUACAGUUAGAUGUGCCAAUGAAGGUUGCAAGAUUUAUGAGACAAUAUCCAUCCAUUUUUGAAGAGUUUACAGGUCCUGAGCAUAAUCAUCCUUGGUUUAGGUUGACACUUGAAGCUGCUGAGAUUGACAGGGAUGAGAAAAGAGUAUACGAAGAAAGCAGGGAAGAAUUACGAUCCCGGUUGAGGAAGAUGAUUUUGAUGACCAAAGAGAAUGUUCUACCUUUACAGAUAAUUCAAGGGAUGCAAUGGUAUUUGGGGUUGCCUAAUGAUUUUUUGCAGCAUCCAGAACAAAAUCUUGACGAAUCUUUCAGAUUCGUAGAGAUGGAAGAUGGACUGAAGGGGUUGGCUAUUGAAAACAGAGAGAAGGUUUAUUCUAUAAUGGAGAAGAAUGCCAUGAAAAGAGCCACUGAUGUAAUUGAAUUUCCUUUUUUUCCAUCAAAGGCUUUAAGAAUGAAAAGCAAGAUUGAAAACUGGCUAAAUGAAUUUCAGAAGCUACCAUAUAUUUCACCCUAUGAAGAUUUCUCGAAUUUGGAUCCAACCAGUGACAUAGCAGAGAAAAGACUUAUUGGAGUUCUUCACGAACUGCUUUCCCUAUUUAUCGAUCAUUCAGCCGAAAGAAGAAAGCUCCUUUGCCUCAAGAAGUAUUUCGGCUUUCCACAGAAAGUGCACAGGGCAUUCGAGCGGCAUCCUCAUAUGUUUUACAAGUCAUUCAGGAAUAAAACAUGUACUGUGAUUCUUAAGGAAGCUUACUGCAAUGAAUCUGCUAUCGAGAAGCAUCCUUUGUUGAGCGUGAGGAAGAAAUACAUCAUGUUGAUGAAGGAAUCAGAAGUGAUUUUGAGGAACAGGAGGAUGGAAAAUCGACUUUCUAGUUUUAGUGAAAAACUCGCAUUAGGGUCAAAUGAUCUGGAUCUAGGGGGACAUGAGAUUCCUGGUUUUUCAUUGAAGUAGGUUUCUAUAAAUUCUUUGUAAAAUAAGAAAGAAAACUUCAAAAAUUGAUUUAUCAAAAAGGCGUAGAUGAGAGGAGUAGGAAGCAUGAGUAGAAAGGGCCUAUAUGCACUAAGACACUAUGUAAUCACUCACACUUGGGAAGGAAAACAUGUGUAGUGUCCACGGAUCUUUUCCAAUCCAAACCGAUUUAAAUAAAAACUACACACUUAUCUAAAAUAGUCGAAAAGAAAAUAAAUUGAAUAUGUUUGGAUGUUAUUUUGCAAAAACUCAGAAUGAGUUUUAGAUUAAAUUUUUAAAAUUGACUAUAUUUGUGUAAUCUUCUAACCUUCUAACU